CUUGCAGUCCGCAGACAGACGCUGUUUUACUUGCAAAACGAAAGUAAAUCGAGGAAAAGAAGUGGCACAUUUGGAGAUUUUAAAGAGCUUCGUAGUUUGUGGAGCAGCACAGUGCCUCCAAAAUGAGUCUUUAUGAAGAGAGAGAAGAUGAGGACGCUGCCUUUAAAAUCAGUUCUCCGACUCCAGGACGAAGCUGUGAUCAGCCGAUGACUUCUGACCCCAGCAUCACGAGGAAAGAACAGAAAUCGGAGUUUCCAGAACCCAGCUGUGUGUCUAUGAAGAGUGACGCAUCCAUGAUAAAACCCCUUGGAUUCAGUGAUGAACCAGUGACCUCUGACCUGACCAUCACGAGGAAAGAACAGAAAUCAGAGUUUCCAGAACCCAGCUGUUUGUCUAUGAAGAGUGACGCAUCCAUGACAAAACCCCUUGGAUUCAGUGAUGAACCAGUGACCUCUGACCCGACAUGCUCUCUGACCCGCAUGUCAUCCCAUGAGACUGGAGACCUGCAGAAACCAGUGGAGGAUGUCCUUCACAGAGUCAAAGAACAGCACAAAACCAGCAUGAAGAACAAGUAUGAGCGAUUAUUUGAGGGACUCAAACUAAAAGAGAAUGAAACUCUCCUGAACAGGAUCUACACACAGCUCUACGUCAUAGAGGGAGAGAGUGAAGGAGUGAAUGAAGAACAUGAGGUUUUACAGAUGGAGAAAACAGCCAGAACAAAACACUCACAAGACACUCCAAUCUACUGCAAUGACAUCUUUAAGGCCUUGCCUCAACCAGGAUGUGAGGAGAAAGACCAAAUCAAGACUGUCCUUACUAAAGGCAUCGCUGGAAUCGGAAAAACCGUCUCUGUGCAGAAGUUCAUUCUGGACUGGGCCGAGGGAAAAGCCAAUCAGGAUGUAGAUUUCAUGUUUGUGCUUCCAUUUCGGGAGCUGAACUUGAUCCGAGAUCAUCAGUACAGUCUUCACAGACUUCUGCUGGACUUUCAUCCUGAACUUCAAGAUCUGGACUCAAAGAUUUAUGAGGAGUGUAAAGUUGUGUUCAUCUUUGAUGGUCUGGAUGAAAGCAGAAUCACACUGAUGUUUUCAGACGAUCAGAAAGUUUGUGAUGUGACUGAGACUUCAUCAGUGGGUGUGUUGAUGUCAAAGCUCAUGAAAGGAGAGCUGCUUCCCUCUGCUCUCAUCUGGAUCACCUCCAGACCAGCAGCAGCCACUCAGAUCCCCUCCAAAUACAUCAACCGUCUGACAGAAAUUCAGGGAUUCACUGAGCCUCAGAAGGAGGAAUAUUUCAGGAAGAGAAUCAGUGACCAGAAUCAAGCCAGCAGAAUCAUCUCACACAUCAGAAGAGCAAGACACCUCCACAUCAUGUGCCACAUCCCCGUUUUCUGCUGGAUCUCAUCCACUGUGCUUCAGAAGCUCCUGGAAGAAGAUCUGAAUGCAGAAAUCCCUCAAACUCUGACUGAAAUGUACAUCCACUUCCUGCUGAUUCAGAUCAACACGAUGAACCAGAAGUAUGAAGAGAAAAACCCAGAUAAACUCCUGCAGAACAACAGAGAAGUGAUUGUGAAACUUGCUAAAGUGGCUUUCAAACAGCUGAUGAAGGGCAAUGUGAUGUUCUAUGAGGAGGACCUUAUUGAGAGUGGAGACGUCACUCACGCCUCAGUAUAUUCUGGGAUUUGCACUGAGAUCUUUAAGGAGGAAUCUGUGAUUCAUCAGAGGAAAGUCUACAGCUUCAUUCAUCUGAGUGUUCAGGAGUGUCUCGCUGCUUUCCAUGUGUUUUAUUACUAUGUGACUACAACGAUGAAGGAACUGAAGAAUUUUGCUUCAGUAGAAAAUUUGCUUAAAGGUGCAGUAGAUAAAGCCCUUGAGAGUGAGAAUGGACACCUGGAUCUUUUCCUGCGGUUCCUGCUGGGCGUCUCACUGGAGUCCAAUCAGAGACUUUUACAGGAUCUACUGACACACACAGAGAACAGCUCAGAGAGCAUUAGAAGAACCACACAGUACAUUAAAGAGAAGAUCAAAGAUGGACAUGAACUCUCCACUGAAAGAUCAAUCAAUCUUUUCCUCUGUGUACUGGAAGUGAAAGAUCAGACUCUAUCCAGAGAGAUUCAGGAGUUUGUGAAAUCAGACAAACACUCAGAGAAGAAACUCUCUCCUGCUCACUGCUCAACAAUCGCCUACAUGCUUCAGAUGUCAGAGAAGCCGCUGGAUGAGCUGGACCUCAAGAAAUACCACACUUCAGAUGAGGGUAGAAGAAGACUGAUACCAGCUGUGAUCAACUGCACAAAAGCCCUACUUACUGGCUGUAAUCUCACUGAUCAGUCCUGUGAAACUGUAUCAUCAGCUCUACAAUCCUCAAACUGUGUCCUGAGAGAGCUGGACCUGAGUAACAAUGAUCUGCAGGAUUCAGGAGUGAAGCUGCUCUCUGAUGGACUGAAAUGUACCUUUUGUUUUAUAUUUUCUUUCAGACUUACUGGCUGUAAUCUCACUGAUCAGUCCUGUGAAACUGUAUCAUCAGCUCUACAAUCCUCAAACUGUGUCCUGAGAGAGCUGGACCUGAGUAACAAUGAUCUGCAGGAUUCAGGAGUGAAGCUGCUCUCUGAUGGACUGAAGAGUACAAACUGUCAGCUGGGGAAACUGAGGUUGUCAGGCUGUAUGGUGACAGAGGAAGGCUGUGGUUAUUUGUCUUCAGCUCUGAGUUCAAACCCCUCACACCUGAGAGAGCUGGAUCUGAGCUACAAUCACACAGGACCAUCAGGAGUCCAGCUCAAACACAAACUGGAGGAUCCAAACUAUAAACUGGAGAAACUCAAUUUGGACCACGGAGCCCUUUUCAGAAUCACACCAGGACUGAGAAAAUAUGCCUGUGAUCUCACACUGGAUCCAAACACAGCACAUAAUCAUCUCCGUCUGUCUGAGGACAACAGGAACGUGACCCAUGUCGAAGAGCCCCAGUCGUAUCCUGAUCAUCCAGAGCGAUUUGAGAACUAUGAGCAGGUUCUGUGUCGGGAGAGUCUGACUGGACGCUGUUACUGGGAGGCUGAAUGGAGUGGGACGAGGUGGGCUGAUAUAUCAGUAUCAUAUAAAGGAAUCAGCAGGAAAGGAGGGAAUGACUGUUGGUUUGGAUACAAUGACAAAUCCUGGAGUCUCUUCUGCACUUCUAAUGGAUUCCAUGUCUGGCACAAUAAUAAGAACACUGACAUUCCUGCCGUUUCACCAUCUAAUAGAGUAGGAGUGUAUCUGGACUGGUCUGCCGGCACUCUGUCCUUCUACAGCGUCUCUGACACACACACACUCACACGCUUACACACAUUCAACACCACAUUCACUGAACCCCUCUACGCUGGAUUCAGGGUGUUUGAAUCAUCAUUAUCUCUAUGCAAAAUUCAGUAACCUGCUGUGAGAAACAAUAUUUUAUUAAUCCUUCACAGGAAAUGAUAUUGUUACAGCAGCAACCACAAAUCAAUCCAUGCACACAGACAUAUCCACCUAAGUAUACACAAAAAAAAAAAAUUAAUAAAAAAUUGCACAUUACCCAAUAAAAAUACACUACAAUUGUUACACACUAAAAAGCCUGAUAACAGCAGGAAUAUUGCACAUUACCCAAUAAAAUACAUUACAAUUAUUGCACAUUUAAAAAACCUGAUAGCACCAGAGACACGCAACCAGCCUCGUUUUGAAGCAGUCACAAACCUUUCUUACAUAAAGUACAAAUGUAUGUUAAAGACCCACAAGACAUCAAAUCUGAAGUGUUAUUCUUCUUAGUCUAUUAGUGUUUAGCUCACAUGCAUGCUAGUGUACAUCUAAACUUUUACCAAAUCUGUUUUCACAAGCUAUUCUCCUAUAUAGUACUGUAAUACAGUAUUUGCAAUCAAGGUGUGUGCGGCCGUCCGCAUUCAAGGACUUUGUGUGUAAGUGUGAGAGGGUCAAAACUUAUUUUCAUGUAUGGCUCUUUACUCAUAUUCUACCUGCUCUCUCCACCCAGAUCUUGAUGUGUAAUGAACUGAUUCCAGUCAUUUAGAUUCAUGCCAGCCAAGAGAGCGAAUGGGGAGUGAAUGAUCCAUGAGAAAAAUAUAUUGUAUUAAUUGUUCAAGCAUUCUGUAGUUUAAUACUCACAUGUACACGUUUAGAAAGAUUAUAUGAUGCUUGUUUGUGCCACUACAUUUCAUUUACAUGCCUGCAUUAUAGAACACGCACGGGUAUGAUUGCUGAAUCUGAUCACCAACAACUACAGGCCUUUAAAAUAAAGUGUUAUUUUUGUGUAACUGUUCAUUAGCAAGUUUAUGUAACCAGUAGUGAUUUUAGAUUCACGCCAGCUGAGAGAGAGAGAGAGAGAGAGAGAGAGAGAGGUUGGCUGUGAAUGUACAAAUGUAAUUGCUGAAUCAUAGCAACACUGUUCAAUCCAUUUCCAAUAUAAAAGAAUAAAAAUGUAUCCUAAAUCGUGAAAUGGUGUCCAUCGUGAGUUC